AUGAAUUUGAACAACUCGCCGACAAAAUCAUCAAAGAACCAAGGGUGUUUGACGAGUUUACCGAAUAAACGUCGCUUUUGGGCUAACAAAAAUGCGCACGCUUUAUUGAUUAUCGUCAUUGUGAAUUUGUCGAAUAUUUUACUGGUUUCAGUGAAAGGUGUUGUCGCUUAUGCCACGGGCUCAUUUUCAAUUGCCAAUUCUACGAUUGAAUCUUUUGGAGAUGUUUUUGUGGGAGCGUUGAUCUUGAUCACAAGAAUUCAGGGGAACUCGUGUUUCGGUGCACCUCAGUACCCAAGAGGACGCUCCAGUGAGAGUCUUUCAAAUGUUGUAGCUUCAGUUGUGAUGCUGGUACUCGCGUGUGUCAAUGGCAUCAUUUCGGUCGAUAAUUUCUUUGGGAAUCGCUUCGAUCCUCGCCUUGAGAAAGAGCACUUGCUUGUGAUCUCGCUAAACAUUUUAUUAAAACUUGGGUUAUACAUAAUUUGUAUCUUAAGAAAAGACGUUGAACAAGUGAACGUUUUAUCGAAAGAUCAACGAACGGAUGUUCUGACGAAUUCAACCGCUCUCGCUUUUGCUCUUUUGACAAGAUAUAUUGAUAAACAUUUCGAUCUACUUGGAGCCGUCUUGAUCUUUGCGAUGAUUUUCUGGAAUUGGUUACCGAUUUUGUUUACCAAUUGCAAUAAAGUACAUGGGAUACAAGCGGCUGGAUGGAGAAAAGAAGCGGUGAUGAAGGUUCUUAACGAGAUUUCGGGUAUUACUGUUGAUGAUCUCCUCGUCUUUCAUACCGGUGAAAAAUGUAUUGUUGAGGUAACUUUUAAAACAGAUCUAUCUUCGGAGAUUGGAAAAAUGGAGGGCAUCGUGAAGAAGAGUCUUGAAGAAAUUGAAUGGGUUCGAAUCGCGUACAUUCAUCAAGGGAUUCAAGAAAUUUCAUCAGAGUCACCAAUGCAGAGAGAUGAUCAUGAAGUUUCUUCAAUAAAUGAAACGGAUGAAUUGCUGGAG